GACCUGAACUUCAGUGAAGAAGCAGCACCAGCAGCAGUGGAGAAUCAUGGCAGAAUCCUCAGAGACCAAAGUGCAGCUGGUUUACAAACUCAUCCGAGCCUUUCCAGACUUUCCGAAGAAAGGCAUCCUGUUCAGAGACAUCUGUCCCCUUCUGAAGGAUCCAGCUGCUCUGACAGCAGUGACCGACCUGUUUGAAGAACAUGUGAGGAACAAUUACAAACAGGUUGAUUUGAUCGUAGGUUUAGAUGCACGUGGUUUCCUGUUUGGGCCUCUGCUCGCCCAGCGGCUGGGUGUUGGCUUCGUCCCGAUCAGAAAGACAGGCAAACUGCCCGGAGCCACUGCAUCUGUGGCGUAUGAUUUGGAGUAUGGCAAGGCAGAGGCAGAGGUCCAGGAGGAUGCAGUGGCUCCAGGACAGAAGGUUCUGAUCAUUGAUGACCUUCUAGCAACUGGAGGGACAAUGUAUGCAGCCAUUCAGCUGAUGAGGAAGCAGGAGGCUGAAAUUGUUGGCUGCAUGGUGGUCAUCGAGCUCAAAGAGCUCAACGGCAUUAACAAGCUCAAACCCCAUAGUGUGUUCUCCGUGGUUCAGUACUGAGGACACUUCAGCUGCCGCACUGGAAAAGGACAUACACGGUUUUACAACCAGUGGGUGACUGUGUCUGUUCUAGUAAAACCAGAAACAGCUUCUGCAGUUCCGCUCUAUUUUUUUUUUGAGGGACUUUUUACUUCAAACAUAUUUGCUUUUCUAUUUUCGUCAGAGAUAUAACAUGCACGCCUUGGGGAUGACAAGGGUGACAAGGAGACAAUUUGGUUUCCAUGGUUCCUUCAGGUGUUUUGGAAUGUCUUCAAUGUUCUGUUCCCCUCUGGGAUCAUGCCCUGUUCCCCCGUGUGCCAAAACUGGAAGAAGCGGUUAUAGAUGGAGGGAUGGACUGACAGAAAGGUAUACCGUUUACUGUGGCAUAUUAAAUGACCACAGGUUAACGUUUGUGGAGAAUUAAAAGACUUAAGUCUUUACGUCUUAAUGUUUGUGCACCGAGUGUGAACAGCCGUGGCCAAAAGUUUUGAGAAUGGCACAAAUAUUGGUUUUCACAAAGUGUGUUGCUUCAGUGUUUUUAAAUAUUUUUGUCAGAUGUUACUAUGGUAUACUGAAGUAUAAUUACAAGCAUUUUAUAAGUGGCAAAGGAUUUUAUUGACAAUUACAUUAAGUUUAUGCAAAGAGUCAAUAUUUGCAGUGUUGACCCUUCUUUUUCAGGACCUCUGCAAUUCGCCCUGGUAUGCUUUCAAUUAACUUCUGGGCCACAUCCUGACUGAUGGCAGCCCAUUCUUGCAUAAUCAAUGCUUGGAGUUUGUCAGAAUUUGUGGGUUUUUGUUUGUCCACCCGCCUCUUGAGGAUUGAUCACAAGUUCUGAAUGGGAUUAAGGUCUGGACAAUUUCCUAGCCAUGGACCCAAAAUUUCGAUGUUUUGUUUCCCGAGCCACUUAGUUAUCACUUUCGCCUUAUGGCACGGUGCUCCAUCAUGCUGGAAAAGGCCUUGUUCAUCACCAAACUGUUCUUGGAUGGUUGGGAGAAGUUGCUCUCUGAGGAUGUUUUGGUACCAUUCUUAAUUCAUGGAUGUGUUCUUAGGCAAAAUUGUUACUUAGCCCACUCCCUUGACUGAGAGGCAACCCCACAGAUGAAUGGUCUCAGGAUGCUUUACUGUUGGCACGACACAGGACUGAUGGUAACGAUCACCUUAUCUUCUCCAGACAAGCUUUUUUCCAGAUGCCCCAAACAAUCGGUAAGGGGAUUCAUCAGAGAAAAUGACUUUACCCCAGUCCUCAGCAGUCCAAUCCCUGUACCUUUGACAGAAUAUCAGUCUGUUCCUGAUGUUUUUCCUAGAGAGAAGUGGCUUCUUUGCUGCCAUUCUUGACACCAGGCCAUCCUCCAAAAGUCUUUGUGUCGCUGUGCGUGCAGAUGCACUCACACCUGCCUGCUGCCAUUCCUGACCAACCUCUGCACUAGUGGUGCCCCAAUCCCGAAGCUGAAUCAACUUUAGGAGACGGUCCUGGUGCUUGCUGGACUUCCUUGGGUGCCCUGAAGCCUUCUUCCAACAAUUGCACCUCUCUCCCUGAGGUUCUUGAUGAUCAGUUAAAUGGCAGCAAUAUCCUGGCCUCUGAUUCCCUUUUUGUGCAAAACAAUGAUGACUGUUGAAUGAAUAUUUGUGCCAUUCUCAAAACUUUUGGCCACGGCUGUAUUAGCUAGACAUGAGUUCAGCGCUGACAAUUAUUCAAGUAUAUUUAAUUAUUUUAUCACAGAAAAAUGGCCCAUUUCAAUUCAGGUAAAAAAUUAAAGAAAGUUGAGGGCAAAUAAAAAGUUCUGUUUGUUAAUCAGGAUUCUCUAUUUAAAUCCAUUGUGUGCUAAUAGUUGACCUAUGACCACCGUUCUCUCUUCUGGUGCACCUUCCCUGUGUUCAGCUUUGUCCUUUCUCUCUUUGUAUCACCAAUGGAUUGAUUCCAUGACAGAAUAAAAUGAAUAAUGAAAAGCAAA